AUGCCCGCCAGCUCCCAGUCAAACGACGAUCCGUACAAGUGGCCAGCAAAUGCCGACUACAGCAGGCAGUCCAUCACGCUCCCCGGCACUGCGCUCCCGGGCGAGACACGUCUUGACGAGGGCCUCCGUCGCAGCGCGGGCGGGCCCUUCCUCGGCCACCGGCCCAUCCUCAGCCGGGCGCCGCUCACUCUCGCCAACUAUCACGUGUGGCAGUCCUGGCCCGAUGUCGACGCCCGCCGCCGCGCCGUCGGCAGCGCCGUCCACAAGCUCUUCCAGUCCGGGGAGCUCGUCGCGGGCGACCUCGAGACCGUCGGGAUAUGGAGCAAGAACUGCCCCAACUGGCUGCUCGUCGACCUCGCGAUGCAGGCGUACCAGAAAGUCAGCGUGCCGCUCUACGACACCCUGGGCGCGGAUGCCGUUGAACAUGUCGUCAACCACGCGGGGCUGAGCAUAAUCUUCGCAGCUUCGGAGCACGUGCCGCAUCUACUCAAGCUGUCGCCCAACACGAAGACGACGCUCACCGAAUGGGCGUCGACAAGAGGGAUCAAGUUCACGACCAUGGAAGAGUUCGAGGCUUUCGGCCGCAAGAACCUCACGGACGUGAUUUAUCCCUCGCCGAGCACCAUCGCGACCAUUUGCUACACCUCGGGCACGUCUGGCACGCCCAAAGGCGUCCUCCUCUCGCACGGCAACCUCGCCAUUUCCGUGACCGCCUAUCUGCACUACAUCCAAGACGAGGGCCCCGAACGCACCGCGCUCUCCUUCCUCCCGCUCGCGCACAUCUACGAGCGCAUGAUGGAGUUCUGCACGACCGCGAUCGGCCGCCGGAUCGGCUACACGUCCAACGACCCGCUCCGGCUGCUCGAGGACAUCCAGCUCCUCCGCCCGCACUUCGUCGCGCUCGUCCCGCGCGUGCUCAACCGGCUCUACCAGGCGAUGGCCGUCGCCGCGGACGCCCCCGGCCUGCGCGGCGUGCUGUUCCGGCGCGCGCUCGAGACGAAGGUGCGCAACAUGCGCGCGACGGGCUCGAUGACCCACCCGGUGUGGGACCGGCUCGUCUUCCAAAAGAUCAACAACGUCCUCGGCGGCCGCAUGACGAAGAUCGCGUCCGGGUCGGCCCCGCUCGGCCAGCGCGUCUGCGACUUCCUCAAGGUCUGCACGCUCGCGGACAUAGUCGACGGGUACGGCAUGACCGAGAACGGCGGCUGCUGCCUCGGCGGGACCGUCGGGAGCAUCGUGCCCACGGUGGAGGUCAAGUUCAUCGACGUGCCCGCGCUCGGGUACCACGUCACGGACAAGCCGUUCCCGCGCGGCGAGAUCCUCAUGCGCGGCGACGGCCGCUUUGUCGGGUACUACAAGGAGGAGGCCAAGACGCGGGAGACGAUCGACGACGACGGCUGGCUGCACACGGGCGACGUGGGCACGACGGACGGCCAGGGGCGGCUGCGGAUCAUCGACCGGUACGUCGCGCUCGAGAACGUCGAGAACGUGUACGCGAUGUGCCCGCUCGUCGCCCAGGCGUUCGUCUACGGCGACUCCCUCCGCCACUUCCUCGUCGGCGUCGUCGUCCCCGACCCCGCGCAGCUCGCCGCGCUCGUCGCCAGGACCGGGCGCCCGCCGCUCGACGCGGGCAACCCGGCGGCGGUCGCGGCGUGCAUCAGGGACCCGAAGGUCGCCGAGGCGUUCCUGGCGGAGCUGGAGCGCGACGAGAACGUGAAGAAGCUCAAAGGCUUCGAGAAGAUCAAGCACCUCCAUCUCACGCUGGAUGCGUUCACGAUCGACAACGGGUGCCUCACGCCUACGAUGAAGCUGAAAAGGAAAGAGUCGUACAUGAAAUUCAAGGAGCAGAUCGACGGCAUGUACGCGUUGGCAGACCCCGCUUCGGCGAGGCUGUAG